AUGCACUAUCUAAUUCACAUAACAGAAGGAGAUAUCGUACCUAUAAAGAAUAAAUAGUUGAAUUGUAAGAUUUUGUAAAAUAUUAUAGAAUAUCAAAUUGCUUGUCUUCGAAACCUCAAAUUUUCAAUAAUUUAGAACAAAGAAAUAUCUGGAAUGGAUUGGAAAUUAUAAUUAAGACGUAUAGAAGAUUUCUAAAUAAUGGAAUUGAGAAAUACUAAGACAUUUUGGGGUAUUAUAGUGAAAAUUUUAUAAAUAAUAACAGAUUUAGAUAAAGGCACUUAUUAAAAUAAUUGA